AUGACUCAAGUUGAAUCUCAGUGCCAAACUUGGGCACAGAGGUCAAGUCGUUAUACUUACUCCUUGUCUCAUGAAAGAAUAUACCUUAGUAUACCCGAUUACACCUUUUUAAACAUUGGGUCAGAGUUAUGCAAUGAUGAAUACUCGUUUUCGUACUACCGUAAAAAUGAUUUGCCCACCCUUAUAGAAGCACUGGAGUCAUCGCCAUUUGUAUAUGACCCAAUAAUAACUGCUAUUAGUAAGCAUUGGAAUGUCAGUCAUGGAGUUGAUGGGUCAAAAACUGAUUUGGAUGCUCGGUCCUUCUCCAUACAAUCACCUUUUCCUAUAAAAGGGCUGCUGUCUCAUAUGCUUCCUAAACCUUCAGAAGUGCAUAUCAAGGAUGUUGUUACUGAGAGAAAAUCGGAAGAAAACUCCAUUUUCUCUACUUACCCUAAUAGCAUAGAACCUGAGGUUCCAGAGCAUGUCAAUAUGAUGUUGGAGACUGAUAACCAGGGGGCAAAGAUGGAAAACCGAUUGGCAAGUUCUGAAGGAUCAGCCGAAGUCUCCCAGGCUGCAUUUAACACUGAUAUUAAGGAAAAUGGGCAGGAAUGUUCAAAAAGAGGCAUUGGGAUAUCAUCAUAUGAUUCCGAAAUUCCACCAAAGGUUCUGAAUGCUGGAAACCAUUUUCUAACACCUACUACCUUAGAAGUCAAACAAAGAAUGAAUCUCAUUUCUGCAAAUCAUGGCCAUGCACCAUCCAUCACAAAACCUAGCGGAAUUAUGCUUGAAGGUCAUUGUGGGGAAAAUUAUGUUAACUUUUAUGAAUUUGCUUGGACAGCGUCAUCAGUUGUUGAAGAGUUAAUGCGUAAAUCAUCGGAUAAGACAUCUGAGAAAAUCAUAAGAUCAGAAGAAGAGGUUAUUACCGGGCAGCUGAAGAUUAUAUCAAGUAAAUUUUCUUAUUUACGCUGGCCCAAUAUUCAUAGUUUAAUUGCAAACAAUAGGAAAGAAAAAUGUGGGUGGUGCUUCACUUGCCAAGGUCUUGAAGAGGAAAGGGACUGCUUAUUCAUUAUAAAUGACAAUGGUCCUGCUGUCGAAAAUUUUACAAGCGAGGCUUUAGGUAUUCAGUCUAGAAAGAACAGGAACAGUCAUCUUAUUGAUGUCAUGUGCCAUAUUAUUUGCACUGAAGAUCGUCUACAGGGGCUUCUGUUGGGCCCAUGGUUAGAUCCUCAUUAUUCUGAACUUUGGCAUAAAAGCGUUCUUGGAGUGUCUGACGUUGCUUCAUUGAGAAGUUUUCUGCUCAAGCUAGAGUCCAACUUGCAUCCUCGAGCACUUUCAGCAGAUUGGCUAAAGUACGUGGAUUCUGUUCCUACGAUGGGUUCUGCUUCUCAUGUUGUGAGGAAUUCUGUACGUGCGUCUACGAAACAUGGAAUUGGAAGGAACAGAGCAAGGUGUUUGGAGCUGGAUACAACUUCAUCUUCAAGUUCUGCAAAUGGGUUGAUCUUAUUUUGGUGGAGAGGUGGGAGGAUCUCACGUCAGCUGUACAAUUGGAAGGUUUUGCCUCGCUUCUUAGCUUCCAAAGCUGCCCGACAAGGUGGAUACAAGAAGAUACAAGGCAUCCUUUACCCUGACAGUGGAGAGUAUGCAAAAAGGAGUAAAUGUGUUGCCUGGCGAGCUUCUGUUGAGACAUCAAGAAGCGUGGAACAGCUUGCUCUCCAGGCACGUCUCUCUUAUGAUUCAAUUUGUCCCCCAUCUCCAUUCCAUUAUUUGCUCUCCAUUAGCCUUGUCCUAACAGCCAAUUGGAUGUAAAAUGCUGACUGGCACCAAACUCUCUAAAAGGACUGCCUUUUCUUUUAUUAUAUUUUAUCAACCAAUUUAUGGCAUAGGAAAAAUUUGGUCCAACUUUCCAAGAACAUCACAUUUAUGAUAAUUACAUUCAUUUAGAUUCCUGGUCUAUAUAACGAAAACAUUCUCUGAACAGCCAUUGACUCUACAUUUUACCCCAUCCAACAGGGGAA